GGAGAAGCACGUGUGACGUAUCAUUUAGAGACGCGGGAAACGUUUGACACACGGUUAUGUUACGUAUGGAUUUUUAUUUCAGUGCGUGAACGCAAAUCAGUAGAAUGGCAGGACAACUUCUGCAACCGGGAUACGAGGAAAACAAGUUGCAGCGCGUGUCAAAACUGCUGCCGUGUAGAGACGUCCAGUCAAGCAUGCUAUUGGCGUUGAUGGGAGAGCCAGAACAGUACAGCUAUCCCUCCAUUUUCAUCUAUGGUCAUCGUGCCACAGGAAAAAGCCAUGUGAUACACACUUUGCUAAAGGAACUGGAUAUUCCCUAUGCCACAGUGACCUGUGUGGAGUGUGUCUCUCUAGGAUUGCUGUUUGAGCAAGUGCUGUUCUCCCUCUUUGGCCCAGACAGUGCCACACUUCUGUCCCGCAGUCCCUCGCUCUCAGACUUCGUACGGGUCUACAAACAACUUUGUGUGCAGAAUCCAGCAAAGCAGACCAAAUACAUUGUGCUGGACAGGGCUGAGCUUCUGAGAGAUAUGGAUGCCAAUCUCCUCCCUGCCUUCCUGCGCCUUCAGGAACUAGUUGAGGACAAUGUGACCGUGAUCCUGCUAAGUGAGAUAGUGUGGGACAAGUUCCGACCCAACACUGGCUGCUUUGAACCACUGCUGCUACACUUCCCUGAUUACAGUAAAGAUGAACUGCAGCAGAUCCUCUCAGAGGACAGCCACCCGUCCUACUCAACAGAGCUCUAUUCCGCGUUCAUCAACAUUCUACUUGGGGUCUUCUACUCUGUCUGCAGGGACCUUCGGGAGCUCAGACACCUGGCUGCUCUUAAUUUCGCCAAGUUUGUGGAGCCGCUGGAAAGUGGCAAAGUGAACGAGAGUGAGACUCACAAGCUGUGGAGGAACAUUGAGCCUCAUCUGAAGAAAGCCAUGCAGACGGUGUACCUCAGAGAAGUGUCCAGUGUGCAGUGGGAGCAGCAGAUGGAGAAGGAGGCGGGAGCCGUGAGGGGUCUUUCUGCCCACGGCCACGUGGAGCUCCCUUACUACUCCAAGUUUCUGCUGAUCGCGGCGUACCUGGCCUCCUACAACCCUGCUCGCACUGACAGGCGCUUCUUCCUCAAGCACCACGGCAAAAUAAAGAAGACCAACUUUUUGAAGAAACAUGAAAAAACGAGUAAUCACCUGCUGGGGCCCAAGCCCUUUGCCUUGGACCGUCUCCUGGCCAUCUUUUACAGUGUGGUGGACAGCAGAGUGGCCCCCUCAGCGAGUGUUUUCUCUCAGAUCUCGUCCCUAGUGACCUUGCAGCUGUUGAGUCAGGUGGGACACAAUGACCAGCUGGAUGCCCCCAAGUACAAAUGUGCUGUCUCUCUGGACUUCAUCCUGGCCAUCUCUAGGACUGUGAGCUUUGACAUUGUAAAGUACCUGUAUGACUUCCUGUGAGCCUGGUGAUAUGAGGGAGCGUAAUUCAGCUGGACUCUGAUGUACUGGACUGUGAGACAUUGGACAAGUAGAAAGGUGGGGGAUGAAUGGACUGUUCACUAUAAGCCAGGACCAAAACAGACUGUACUAUACUGACCCCUGGUGACUGAGGAGAAUUAACUUUUCAACACCAGCAUUCUGUGAAAUACUUCAAAAGAUAUUUAAUUCUACUUCAAGCCUUGUUAUUGGAAAUCAUUUUCAUUGCAUGCAGCUCUGAUAUAAUUGAAGCUAGCAGGUUGCUAGCAUAGCUUAAUUGCUGGAAACCCCCAGGUAUUGACAAUGUAGACUCAAAUCCCAGUAUGGAACAAAUUGAUACGGUUAUAGAUGAUUCAUUUAAACAUAAAAUCACCAACCACCCACUUUUGUUGUUAAGUCCAUUUCCUUGCUUUUGAGCCCAAGUCAAAGGUUCCAGGGGAUCUCUGGCAAUUGCACUUAACUAAUGGUAUGUUAGCCUCAGUCUUGAGUGCAUACAGAGAAUAAUGGCAUCACCUAGUUUGUCUCACGCUGGGCAUACAAACGUGAUAAUCCUGCAGCAUCGCUCACUGAAUUUACCGGAGACGUCUGGUUACAUUGGGUGUGUGGUGAACUCUUUGUUUACUAUUAUUUGUAAAUACAAAAAAGGUGACAUGACUGCUUUUUGUGUUAGAUCAGAAAAAAUACUGGCUGAUUCUAGAUGCUGCAUUCACAUGUUCCAGUAAUGGCUCUGUUGUCUCACCUUAAUGGUCGUGCUGAUAGUUUUUCUUCUGUUAUCGGUCCGAUUCGCAUUCAGCCGUAUGUGGGCGAGUGCGACCUGAGCUGAGGCCCCAGCAGCCCUCUUCUACCUCAUUUAUCACCUCUUUAUGACAGUGGACUUCUUCCCUAAUAACAGUGGUGCCAUGGAAACUGUCUGAGCAGGAGAACUGAUAUCCGUAGUGUCCAGUGCAGUCUACAUGUGGUGGUAGAUUCACAAGGCACAGCCUUUCAGUGCAUUGAGUAUUUGUGUGUCCAUGGUGGUUGGUGGUAUGUGUUAUGGGCUACACAGGUAGAGAUAAUGAAUGGAGGAAGGCUCUCUGGAUUACAGGUAACAUUCUCCUGUGUGCAGUGUUUUGUUUUUUUCACUAACCGUGUCUGUCAAGGUGAAUUCCUUAACAGUGGCAUCUUGAGUCAGCUUUGGGAUGUUCCUGCGGGCUGCAGCUAUAUUUUAGAGAUGAUUAGUAAGUCAGGUCUUUAUCCAGAUUUAACACUUAUCCUGUGAGCAGUGGAUCGACCAGUAUUGUACAAUGCAGGGGUAAAAGGAGAUUCAGAGCAUCCAGUCCCUUUUUGGAUACUCUCAUCUCUUUUUUUAUUGGUUUCAGUGUGAUCUAUUAAUCUUAUUUUACAUUAUUUUCACAUUUAGUUUUGUACUGCUUAUCCUUUGUAGAGCUUCUUGGAUGUGAGUGUUACCAUGGUAUUGGUGCAUGGUUGUCAUGGUAACCGUGUUGGCGCAGUCUGGUUUGUGACUCAUCUCUUGUUGAAAGGCUGUGAGGCAUUUUGAUUACUACAUCAAGGGUGAACAAUUAAAGCUGUGUAGCAGGAUAAAAAAAAAAUGUCACACCACAGUUUUUAUUUACAAAUAAA